AUUAGAUACAGUCCGAUAAACCUUAUCAGAACCGAUUAUAUUCACGAAAUGUUUAAAUAUUGAUCCAAUUUCAGUGUUGUAGAUACAGUAGUGUAAAAAUGUUGUUUUACUCAAUUUUAAUUAUAACUCUAUCUAGUGGAUAUGUUUUUGGUCAGUUUGGGCCGUUCAAACAAGAUUUCGGAUAUGUCAAUGUUAGGGAAGGUGCUCACAUGUUCUACUGGCUGUUCUACACCACUGCUGAUGUCCAAAACUACGUGGAGAGACCACUCAUAGUUUGGCUGCAAGGCGGACCCGGGGGAUCUUCCACAGGAAUUGGAAACUUCGAAAUUCUAGGACCUUUGGACUUGUCGUUACAAGAAAGGAACUACACAUGGGUGAAAAACUUCAACGUUUUGUUCGUCGAUAACCCUGUGGGCACAGGUUUCAGUUACGUCGACGAUCAAAAGUUUUUAACAGUUAGCAACAAAGAAAUAGCCCGUGACUUUGUCGAGCUGAUGCGUGGUUUCUACAAUAAAAACCCGGAGUUCCAAGGAGUGCCCUUAUAUAUUUACGGGCAAUCAUAUGGAGGGAAAAUGGCGGUAGAUAUGGGCAUAGCUAUGCACGAGGCAGAAAAAGCCGGAACGAUUGGCUCAAACUUAAAGGGGAUUGCGAUGGGCAAUGCUUGGAUAUCUCCAAUCGAUGCUACUCUUACAUGGGGCCCACUGCUACUCGCUGCAGGUCUAGUGGACGAGGCAGGCUAUAAUCACAUUCAACGAAACGCCAAAGAAGCUGAACGACUCUUCAACGAAGGUUUAUACUAUGAAUCGUCACUACAAUGGGGGACCACACAAUUUGCAGUGUUUGAUGCAACAAGUAACGUCGAUUUCUACAAUAUACUUACAAAAAUGCCACCUCGGCGUCCUUCGUCUACCAGUGCUUACGAAUUCGCCAGGGAUAUGAUGAUACGCAAUUCUGUUUACGAACCUGAACCUGGACAACAAUUUAACCUCGCAGUUUUAAUGAACCAACAUGUUAAACCUGCUUUGAAUAUCCCUGAACACAUAGAGUGGGCCAGUUCAUCUCGUUCGGUAUUCGACACCUUACGUGGCGACUUCAUGAAACCCGUAACAGACGGCAUUGAGAAGUUGCUGAACGAAACGGAUAUUAUUUUGACGAAAUAUAAUGGGAAUCUUGAUUUGAUUUGUGAUACUCCAGGACAAAUUCUCUGGGUGGAUCGCUUGAAAUGGCCUGGCGCUGAGCAGUACAGAAGGGCGAAACGUAUGCCUAUUUGGGAAGACAACAAGUUGGAGGGCUACUACAAGAGUUAUGGAAACUUCAGAUUCUUCUGGAUAAACUAUGCUGGCCACAGCGUACCAAGAGACAAUCCUCAAGGUAGUAGAGCAUUUCUGCGUGACAUGACUGGCUACGGAUAAUAUUUAGAUGAUUUAAUAUAUAAAUUAAUUGAGGCAUACUAUUUACAAUAGUAUCAGUCCAUUUUAAGACUAGUAAGCAGAAGCUAACCCGUUAAAAACAGUGCAAAUUAGGUAUAUUUGAGACUAGUUAUUUUCUGUACUUUUAAAAAUAUGUAUGAAUGUAUUGUACUUUUAAAAUUUUCAAUAAAACCAUUAUUUUUAG